ACAGGAGAGGCGAGCGCUUCAGGACUAUUAUGGCCCUCGACUCCGGCCGGAGAGCCCGAACAUUAAAAGCACAGCCCGCCGGGAGAGUCGGCCAUUCGCAGGAGCAAGCUUCAAGUGGAAGGUCGUGUUCAGAGGAGCCACACAGGAGUCGCGCGUACAGAGAGCACCACGGCGGAGGAAAAGAGAAGGAUAAAUAGUGAAAACGAAAGCGGAAGGACGGACAGCGCCAGUGACGAAUCUUAAAAGCGAGACCAGCGAGCAGUAAAGGUCCUUUUCAUAAAGUUCCAAAGAACAGGAGCUCCGAGGAUUCGCGAGGCGGAGAAGUAUCCCUGACACAGUUUCCACUUGCCUGGGCAAGGAACUGCAGUGACCCCCGCCUGACCCGACACCCGACAUCCGAAAAAUCGAUUCCCCUGCAAGAAGGUGUCGAGAAAAGUGCAACUAGGUCCCCAGAGCGAGAGAAAGCCACCUCGAAGGUCACGUUCUGCGAGUCCAGCUUCAGCUCGCGCUUGAAUUCCGGAAGCGGCAGCCACCAAAGCCACUACAACGGAGCCGCUAACCCACCAACCACAACGCCGCAGCGAGGAAGACCCGGCCAGAGGCGAACCUCAGACGCCGCCGAGCAAAAAAAAGACGACGCCGCACCGGUAGGAGGCCACCAGGAGCCCCACCACCAGGAGCCGCAGGAAUGGCCUACCUAAUCAACAUCCUCAAGUUCAAUGUGAAGUACUUAAAAAAUCAAUAACUGGACACGCGACAGACCAUCCCAGAAGCAUCCCAGUCCGCUAGAACUUGCAGCAGCAGUGUUUCCGAUUCCGAUUCCGAAUCCGCCGACUCCCACUCGAGGCUUGCUCUCUCUAUAUCCGUCCCUUUCCAUCUUCCAUCGUUCCCUCUCGCUCUCCUUUCGUCCGCCCACUGGCUCCUCUCGCAGGCGUAGGCAUUCUCGAAUCGAACUCAGUUCCCGAAUCGAACUUGGCUGCAUAUUGGCCGGCGUCCGUGCCUCGCUCUGCUGCGCGCCGCCUUCUGUGGCGCCUCCGCGGACAAUGGAAGGAUCUGGGAAAUUUUCAGAUUACCUCUUCGCCAAAAUGGGUCCCCCCACCGCCACCGAGCUGCCCCCGAAGACCACCGAGUGCAGCGACGCCCCUGUCGAGCUCACCGGGUACCGCCGCUGGCUGAGCGACAAUCUGAUGCUCCUGGUGACCCUCUCCGGAGUGCUGCUCGGCGUAGUCCUGGGACUCUCGCUGCGACCGCUGCACUUGCACGGGGACUCCAUCAUGCUGAUUUCGUAUCCCGGAGAGCUCUUCAUGCGCGUACUGAAGCUGAUGAUCCUGCCCCUGGUCAUCUCCAGCCUGAUCGCCGGAUCGGCCAGCCUGAACGCCAAGAUGAACGGCAAGAUUGCGCUUCGCACGCUGGUCUACUUCGCCAGCACUUCCUUCUUCAACGCUGCUCUGGGAAUCGCUCUCGUCCUGCUCAUCCAUCCUGGCAAUCCGGACUUGCACAACGCGGAGGACCGCUCCACGGACAAGCGGGCAGUGAACUUGCUCGACAGCCUCCUGGACUUGGGCAGAAACGUAUUCCCGGACAACCUGUUCCAGGCCUCCAUCCAGCAGGCCCACACCGUCUACCUCCCGAAACCGGGCAUCGCACACGCCUUCAAUGAGACGUUCAACGACACCCUGGUUUCCGGCGUGGAGGCCCAGCGGCAGGCGGAGGACCUGGCCGAGGAGGUGGUCUUGGUGCGGGACGUGCAGUACCGCAGCGGCACCAACACCCUGGGCAUCGUGUUCUUCUGCCUCGUGUUCGGCACCUUCCUGGGCACCAUCGGCCAGAAGGGCCAGGUGGUGGUCGACUUCUUCGCCGCCAUCUUCGAGGUGAUCAUGAAGAUGGUCACCUGCGUCAUGUGGCUCACUCCCGUGGGCAUCAGCUCGGUCAUCGCCGGCAAGAUACUGAGCGUGGACGACCUGGGCCUGGUGAUGUCCCAGCUGAUGUGGUUCAUCGUCACGGUGGCCCUCGGAGUGUUCAUCUACCAGUUCGUCGUCAUGCAGGCCAUCUACUUUGUCGUCGUACGUCGGAAUCCGUUCAAGUUCUAUGCCGGACUCAUCCAGGCCAUGCUAACCGCCUUUGCCACGGCCUCAACCGCCGCCGCCUUGCCCAUCACAUUCCGCUGCAUGAACGAGAAGCUGCGAGUGGACCCGCGCAUCACCCGCUUCGUCCUGCCCAUCGGCUGCAACAUCAACAUGGACGGCACGGCCCUCUACAUCUCCGUGGCCUCGAUCUUCAUUGCCCAGAUGAGCGGCAUGGUGCUGGGAUUCGGGGAGCUGCUCACAGUGCUCCUCACCGCCACGGCGGCCUCGAUGAGUUCGGCCAGUGUUCCGAGUGCCGCUUUAGUGCUGCUCCUGGUGGUCCUCACCGCCAUCGAUGCUCCCGUGCAGGACGUGACGCUUCUCUUCGCCGUGGACUGGUUUGUAGACCGCAUCCGCACGACCAACAACAUGCUGGGCGACUGCUACACCGCUGCCAUAGUGGAGGAGCUCUCGCGGAAGGAGCUGAUGGCCUUGGACGCAGCCUCCGUGAACUAUCCGGACAUGCCCGCUGGCACGCCAAACGGUCACAGCCACGACGGAGGCCUCUUGGAGGGGCAGACCGAGCUGACCAUGACCGACUCGGUGGUGGUGGACAUGAGCGCGGUGAUGAACAACGUGAACCUGCAGCAGGAGCACAGCAACCGCAGGGUCUAGAGGAGCUCCCGAUUCCAGAUUUGUUCGUCAGAGAGCGCAGUCCCAGAACCACCAACAGCACCACCACCAGAACCACCACCACCACCACCGAUGACUACUCACAAUAAUAGGAACCACCACAAUAAUUGAAGGACAACAACCACCCAGUGUUCCCCCACGAUAGUUUUGAUAUACAGGAUCUACAGAGGGCCGAACGGAGGCUGUCUGACGAACCCACCCGAAUUGAAUUUACCCUUUUGGACGAAAGUCGAUAGCAAUUACCAGACUUUGUAUUAGAACUCACUCUCGUAUUAUUAUCAGCGUAGGCACACCCACUGGAAGGACUUAGGAGGCUAGGAAGGAUUGUGAUCUGUCCCGGAACGAUGUGCAUAAUCUAUGGGUAUUAUAUAAUAUAUUACGUAAGCUCAGUUGUGAUGGGGAUUGGGAUUCUGUUUGUCGCUUAUUUGAACUUUAUGUGUUGUGCGGGAGGGAGGGAGUUAGGGCCUAUCGCAGGUUGUGUCAGGAGCUGGCCUAGGUUUAGUUAUAGUUUAGUUCCCCAUCAGUGAUCCGAUGACUUGGAGUUGGACUACCCACGAUCACCACUCGAACGCUAUUAAUACCAGUAACUACCAAAUAUCGGUACCAAUUAUCACAUACGCAUCGUAGACUGACAGCAGACUUAGUAGCUUAGUUGUAGCGUUAACAGACAUACUAUACUAUAUGCAUAUAUGCAACACUAAUAACCGAUACCGACAUUCGAGAUUUGUACUCAAGCAUGCUCUGCAUACAAUAAAUGCUAUUAUACCCA